CCGCCCCGGCCACGCGUGUAUAAAAGGGGCUGAAAAAGACCUAAUUUAUUUUGUUCUAAAUUUUGUAAUUUUAGGUUUUGCAGCGAACGAGAUCGAGAUCUCCGCGUUCUCUCUUCCUCUCUUGGGCAUAGAUCUCGAUCCAAGUUUGCAAACCCUAGAAAUGGAUUCCUAGGGUUACCACCAUGGCCGAGGACCGCAAGUCUCUGCUCCGAUCCACCGAUGAUUCUGGAUCCGACUCCGAUCUCGAGGCGCUGGCACCGCCACCGGUGCCCUCGCCGUCGGCGAGACGGAGUGGGAUUAGCGAUCUCUUGAGGCAUCUCGACCGAGGGCUCUCUGGCCGGAGGACGGGUAAGCCGCAUUCUGAAUGGAGCGGCUCACCGCUGGCGACUAGUUCGUCGGCGGGUGAUGAGCUUGGAGAUGGGGCGCCGCCGGAAUGGGCACUGUUGCUCAUUGGGUGCCUCCUCGGGCUCGCCACUGGGAUCUGCGUCGCUGCCUUCAACCGUGGGGUGCAUGUGAUCCAUGAGUGGGCAUGGGCAGGUACCCCUAAUGAGGGUGCUGCUUGGCUUCGUUUACAAAGGCUUGAGGAUACAUGGCAUAGGAUCUUGUUGAUCCCUUUGACAGGUGGAGUUGUUGUUGGCAUGAUGCAUGGUCUACUUGAAAUUUUUGAACAAAUAAAGCAGUCAAGAUCUUCUCAAACACAGAAUGUAGAUUUAGUGGCAGGCAUCUUCCCCACAAUAAAGGCCAUCCAGGCUGCUGUAACUUUGGGGACGGGCUGUUCUUUAGGUCCAGAGGGCCCCAGUGUUGAUAUUGGCAAAUCAUGUGCAAAUGGUUGUUCAUUAAUGAUGGAAAACAAUCAAGAGAGGAGGAUUGCACUUGUCGCUGCAGGUGCAGCUGCAGGGAUUGCUUCAGGUUUUAAUGCAGCAGUUGCUGGGUGCUUUUUUGCAAUUGAAACUGUACUAAGACCACUUCGAGCAGAAAACUCACCUCCAUUUACAACUGCUAUGAUUAUAUUGGCAUCUGUUAUAUCAUCUACUGUAUCAAAUGUUUUACUUGGAGAGAGACCAGCAUUUACAGUGCCGACGUAUGAACUUAAAUCUGCUGCCGAGCUACCACUGUACCUUAUCCUGGGCAUGCUUUGUGGCGCAGUUAGUGUGGUUUUUACUCGACUAGUGGCUUGGUUCUCAAAGUCAUUUAAGUUUAUAAAAGAAAGAUUCGAUCUUCCAGCUGUUGUCUGCCCAGCAUUAGGUGGUUUAGGAGCAGGCAUGAUAGCUCUUAGAUACCCUGGGAUAUUGUAUUGGGGUUUCACAAAUGUUGACGAGAUCCUGCACACGGGAAAGAGUGCUUCUGCCCCUGGGAUCUGGCUAUUAACACAGCUAGCUGGAGCAAAAGUGGUAGCAACUGCUCUUUGCAAGGGUUCUGGGCUUGUAGGAGGUGUUUAUGCUCCAAGCCUGAUGAUUGGUGCUGCUGUUGGUGCUGUGUUUGGUGGCUCAGCUGCAGAAUUAAUAAAUAGUGCAAUUCCGGGCAAUGCUGCUGUUGCGCAACCUCAGGCAUAUGCCCUGGUUGGAAUGGCUGCCACACUAGCUUCAGUUUGCUCCGUUCCAUUAACUUCAGUACUUCUCUUGUUCGAGCUAACAAAGGAUUACAGAAUUUUGCUUCCACUUAUGGGUGCAGUUGGUUUAGCAAUAUGGGUGCCUUCUAUAGCAAAUCAGCCAAAAAACAGUGAGUCGCCAGACAAAAAGGUCCCUGGGCAUGGCUAUUCAACUGCAUUGUCUGCUCGUGAUAAAAGUGGGGCCAUAUGCAGACAACCUGAUGGGGUUGAUGUUACAGAACUUUCUAUUAUAGAAACUGAUAGGCACCACCUAGGAAUAGCCAAUGAAGAAAGUCUUCUGGAUGGCCUAAAGGUUUCUCAAGCCAUGUCAAAAAUCUUCAUCAGUGUUUUACCAACAGCAACAUUAAGGGAGACAAUGAAACUUAUGCAAGAUAACCACCAAAAUUGUGCACUUGUGGUAGAUGAUGAAAAUUUUCUUGAGGGGAUUCUUACUUUAGGUGAUAUUCGACGGAGAGGAUUGGAAAUGUAUGGAGGGAAUCCUCAUACUCCUAAGGGGGAUUCAAUGAUCAGAGAUGUUGAUGUACCACUUGUUUCCUCAUGUUGUACUCGAGGGUUUCAAUAUCGAGGGAGUGCACGUGGCCUUUUAACUUGUUUCCCUGAUACUGAGUUGAUGAUUGCAAAGGAGCUUAUGGAGGCCAAAGGUAUCAAGCAACUACCUGUUGUCAGGCGUGGUGGUGCUAUAAGCAGUGGUAGAAAUGACCUGAAACGUAAGCUUGUCGCUCUUCUUCACUAUGAGUCAAUUAACCGCUGUCUCCGUGAUGCAGUGGAACAUCAGAAAGGCUGAGCUACAGGAAAUUUCAAAUGGUCCUUGAAAAUCAGCAACAACUAUCAGGUGGUUUUCUAGUGUCUUAAAUGUAAGCUCAAGACCUUCGAGUGU